GUCAUCAAAUUCAUCUGUAUUAGGUUCUUGAUUUUGAAGUGUAUUAAAUAGAGAUCCCCAAGAAUCAAAGUAGAAGUCCAAGAAUUCUAAAUAUGGAACAAUUAAAGAUAGAGAAUGUACUGUCCCAACAACAAAAUCAACAUACUGAUCAUUCCAAAAGUGCAGUUAUAUUCAGCAACACUAAUCGUCCUGUCACUCUUAAGUUUGAGAAUGUUGUUUACAAGAUUAAGUUCGUGGAAGAAGGUUGUUUCAAAAAUUCCGGUAAAUCAACGGAAGAGAAAAUAAUCUUGAAGGGUGUCUCGGGGAUCGUUUCUCCAGGCGAAAUGCUGGCCAUAUUAGGCCCUUCAGGAAGUGGAAAAACAACCUUGCUUACAGGACUUGGAGGCAGGCUCAUCAAUGGCCAUCUCAAAGGCGCUAUAACGUACAAUAACAAGCCAUUUUCCAGUGCCAUAAAGCGUAACACCGGGUUUGUUACUCAAGAUGAUGUUCUUUACCCCCACCUUACAGUGACUGAAACACUAGCUUUCACUGCUCUCCUUCGUUUGCCUAAAACUUUUACGGUUGAGGAAAAAACCGCGCAUGCUGAAGAAAUUAUAACUAAACUUGGAUUAACAAAAUGCAAGGAUAGCAUCAUUGGAGAUCCUCUUUUGAGAGGGAUAUCCGGUGGGGAGAGGAAAAGGGUAAGCAUUGGGCAAGAAAUGCUUAUUAACCCGAGUUUGUUGUUCUUGGAUGAACCAACAUCAGGGCUUGAUUCUACUACAGCUUUAAGGAUUGUGUCUACUUUAAGGGAUUUAGCAAAGGGUGGCAGGACGGUUGUGAUGACGAUACAUCAACCUUCAAGUAGGCUAUUUUACAUGUUCCACAAAGUGUUGCUGUUAACUGAAGGAAAUCCCCUGUAUUUUGGCAGAGGUGAAGACGCAAUGGGAUAUUUCUCGGGCAUCGGAUUUUCCCCGUUAGUUGCUAUGAAUCCCUCAGACUUCAUGUUGGAUCUUUCAAAUGGUAUACUAUCAGAUAAUCCUCGUCUAUUCUUAGAUGCUCCUAGAGAAGAUCCAGCAUUAAUCAAACAAACUUUGGUAUCUGCUUUCAAAACCAAUCUAGAGGAGAACUUGAAGGAGCAAUUGCAAGAAUUUGAUAUUCAUCAAGUCGCGGAGAAAUUACAUGAGAAGAAAUUAAAUCAAUGGUUGAACACCUGGUGGCAGCAAUUCUCAGUGUUAUUUAGAAGGGGGAUGAAAGAACGAAAACAUGAGUCCUUCUCUAACCUCAAGGUUGGGGAAGUCGUGGCGGUGGCUUUCCUAUGUGGAUCGUUAUGGUGGAAAUCUAACAACAUUCAGGAUCAGGUUGGGCUUCUGUUCUUCUAUACUGAUUUCUGGGCGUUUCUUCCCAUGUUCCAAGCUAUUUUUACCUUUCCACAAGAGAGGAUGAUGCUUGAGAAAGAAAGAUCAUCAGGCAUGUACAGACUCUCCACGUACUUUAUGGCUAGGACUGUAGGUGACCUUCCGAUGGAGCUAAUCCUUCCGACUAUUUUCACCAUUGUUACAUACUGGAUGGCUGGCCUAAAACCGUCAGCUGGGAACUUUUUCUCUACCUUAUUAUGUGUCCUCUACAAUGUAUUAGUUUCCCAAGGUGUCGGACUUGCUAUUGGUGCAAUGAUCAUGAACCAAGAAUCAGCCACUGUACUCGGUUCAGUUAUCACCCUAUCGUUCUCCUUAGCUGGAGGGUACUUCAUUCAGCAUGUCCCAAGGUUCAUUGCAUGGAUAAAGUAUGUAUCAAUUAGUCAGUACACAUACAAGCUCUUGUUGGGGUCCCAGUAUAGUCCAGGAGAAACUUAUUCAUGUGGUAUAAAAGCGACGUGUUUGAUUGAAGAUUUUCCUACUAUAAGGAAUAUAGGCCUUAGAGGUAAAGGCAUCUCAGUGGUUGUGUUGGCUGUUAUGCUUUUGGGCUAUAGACUCUUAGCUUAUGUUGCUCUUAUGAGGAUUGGUGUUACAAGGAAAUAGACUUUGCUUUACUGAAAUAUUGUAGAAACAAUAGUAGGAGUCAACAAGUGUCCCAUUUGUAAUUUUGAUUUGUUUUCUGCUGAGAUAUACUAGUUGUGUUAUCAAAGAACAUGAAAUUUAUCCAAUUCUAUUGGUUUCUAGAACAUUUUAACCA